AAAGAACAAUAAGGAGAAACAGACUAGCACAUAAUCACCAAUCAUCUUCACAGGCUCUGUUGUGAUUCAUAGAAACUAAUAGAAUGUCUCCAUCAAUGAAAUCAAAAUCCAAGUCCAAGGAGAAGGUCUCUGCAGGAGCUGGUAAGGAACAACAGAAAACUUCUCCAAAGACUUCUGGGUCUACUAAUCAUGGGAGUGGCAUUCCUGCUAGUGCAUACAAUCCCAUCUUGGGAACAUUUCAAGCUCUAGAAACAUCAUUGGUUGCUUCUUAUGCUCCAAUUCAUGACAACAGCCAUUUCCCAAAAAUAGAUGAUACAGAUGAGAAUUCUAGUAGUCCUCAAGGAACUGUGUCUGAGUAUGAUUCAGUUUCUAAUAAUAGCAGCUGCUCUGGUGAAUCAGAAGACCCUAAAGAGAAAUUAACAAACUCUUCUUUGCGGCUUGAUGUUAUUCCCGGUUGUGAUAAUGACAGAAGGGAGAAGAUCCGGCUUAAGAAUGAGAGGAAGCACCAGAGGCAGAGGGAAAAGAGAGCUCAGGAGUUGCAUGACCGGUGCAAUGGGUAUCUAAUGUUGAGAAAGCUAGAAGCACUUGCACAACAGCUAGUGGCAAUGGGGUUCUCUUCUGAGAGAGCAACAUUGGCUUUAAUGGUAAAUGAUGGAAAACUGGAGGAAUCAGUAUCUUGGCUGUUUGAAGGAAGUGAAGAAGAACCAUAUACCAAGGAUACUACUAAAAUUGUAAGUGAGGGUAACUUGAAAAUUGACCUAAGUGAAGAGCUUGCCCAGAUAUCUGCUAUGGAGGUGAAGCACAAUUGUUCAAAGCAAGAGGUUGAAAGAGUAGUUGUUGCAUGUGAAGGUGAUCUUCAAAAGGCAGAAAAUACCUUAAAAUCUCGGAAGCAGGAAUCUCUUGUGACCCAGUUAAGGUCUGAAGAUUCUGCUCAAAAUAAUAGUUUGAUGAGAUCUCAAGGAUUACCAGCAGCUUCAGUUUCAAUGCAGGAGAGAGUUAAUGGAAAUGACUUCAACAAUUCCAAGGUAGGUGGUACUGAUUCUAUGUUCCCAAAACCUGGAAGCAGGAAUCUACAGUCUCUAAACUCAAAUCAUCCAAAUGAACUGACAGAGAAAAGAUGGGGUGUUACAGGAUCAAGCCCUUCUACUAUGUUAACUAUGGCACAGUCCAUGCAAUCAUUGUCUCCAUUUCUUAAAGUGGAGGCCCAACCUAGUGCCCUUAGGAAUGAAGGAAGAAUGAUUCAACAAGUAGUAGGAAGGGAGCCAGUAAUCAUGAUGCAGCAUACACAAUUCACAAAUACCAAACAAAAUUCUCUGAGUUCUAUGAAUUCCUUACCUUCAGGGACAACAGGUUGGUAUGAAAAUAGUAUUCCUACUAUUGAAAACAUAAGGUCAAAUGAGAAGUUACUACAGACUCACACCAUAGGAAGUGUGAGUACAGAUUACUUGGAGCAAUUUUGUCAAGCUCCUUAUAAAGAACAUUCCUAUGUCUUUGAACCUGUAGACUCCUCAUCAACUGGGGUGGAAGGUUUCUAUAAGCCAAUGGGAGCAUCUUCACCAUCUCAUACAAUUCCUUCUCAGCAUCAUGGUUCAUGGAGUAUGAGUGCAUCUUCUUCACCUGCACUCACAGUUCCACCAUCUCUUGGACUAUUUUCUGGACAUCAGAAUGCAGCAAGAACAUUCAACGCGAAUUCACAUGUGGAUUGGAAUACUGGAGGCUUGAUGCCAGAAUUUGACUACACUAGUAUAGAUUGGAGUUUGGAUUGCCCUUCAUCUUCCAAAUCAGGUGGAUUGUGGGUAGGAGUAGGACUCUCAUCAAUGUUGAGAAACAGUUCUGGCAAUAAUAGGAUGGCCAGUUCAUGCAUGACUGGAUUGCAAAAUGUUAGCAUGGCUAAGGAAACUUCAACAACGUCUGGCUUGCGAGAGUGGACCACUCAUUUUGCUGGGAAAGACAUAUUCAGUGUUUCCAGGCAAUUUGUUACCUCUCCUCCUAUGUAG